ACGCCAACUGCCGUUAAACUUCAUCAAAGAAGAAGAAUCCGACCAUAGAAGUAAACAUGGCAGACGACAAUCCCGUAGCGGAUGUUCAACUGCCUCCAGCUUCUGAAAUCAGGAAGCCUCGUCCUAAAAAAGCGCCUGAGCUCCCUAUUUUGGAGAGAAGAAACUGGCUCAUCCACCUUCACUACAUCCGUAAAGACUAUGAGACCUGUAAGUCAAUCAUCAAAGAGCAGCUACAAGAAACCGGGGGGAUGUGUGAAUAUGCCGUCUAUGUACAAGCUUUAAUCCUUCGCCUGGAAGGGAAAAUCCAGCAGUCACUGGACCUGUUCCAGAGCUGUGCAAUACUCAACCCUGGCAGCUCGGAUAACCUCAAACAAGUGGCCAGAUCCCUAUUUCUCCUUGGUAAGCAUAAGGCUGCCAUAGAGGUUUACAAUGAGGCUUCACAGCUCAAUGAGAAAGACUGGGAGAUCAGCCACAACUUAGGUGUGUGCUACAUCUAUACCAAAGACUUCAACCAUGCAGAAGAGCAGUUGAACAUCGCCCUGGAGUUGAGCAAGCACGACCUGACUUACAUGAUGCUGGGAAAGAUUCACCUGCUGGAAGGGGACACUGACAAAGCCAUCGACGUGUACAGAAGUGCUGUUGAGUUUUCUCCUGAAAACACGGAUCUUCUCACCACUCUUGGCCUGCUAUACAUGCAACAAGGCAAAUAUCAGAAAGCCUUUGAACACCUUGGGAAUGCCCUAACGUAUGACCCCAACAACUUUAAGGCCAUCCUGGCAGCCGGCAGCAUGAUGCAGACGCAUGGGGACUAUGAUGUUGCCAUGAAUAAGUACCGCGUGGCAGCUUAUGCUGUACCUGAGAGCUCACCUCUCUGGAAUAACAUUGGCAUGUGCUUCUUCGGAAACAAGAAAUAUGUGGCGGCCAUCAGCUGUCUGAAGAGGGCCAACUACCUGUCUCCGUUUGACUGGAAAAUCCUGUACAACCUGGGCCUGGUGCAUCUCACCAUGCAACAGUAUGCCUCAGCCUUCCACUUCCUCAGUGCUGCUGUCAACCUGCAGCCAAAGAUGGCAGAGCUCUAUAUGCUGCUGGCAGUUGCACUUACUAAUAUGGAUGACGGGGAGAAUGCCAAGCGAUCAUACGAGCAAGCAGUGUUGUUGGAUAACGGUAACCCCUUGAUCAAUUUGAAUUUCGCAGUCCUGUUGUACAAUCAAGGAGACAAAAAAGGAGCCACAGAUCAGUACCUGGAGAUGGAGAGUAAAGUGAUGGAAAGCAGCCAUAAUGCAGAAUUUGACCCAGAGCUCAUUGAGAUGGCCCAGAAGUUGGCAUCUGCUCUCCAGGUGGGAGAGACCUCGGUGUGGACCAAGCCAGGUAAGGACUCCAAAGUCAGUCAGCGCUCCAAGACCACGUCCCUGCAGCCCCUGGGCACCAACCAGGCCCUUGGGCAGGCCAUGUCUUCAGCUGCCAGCAAAAGCAUCCAGCUAGCUGCAGGCUCUAAGGCUCCACCCAAGUCCACCUCCACGCCGCUAGAUGAAGAGCAUGAUGUGGAGAAUGCUCCUUCCCCUCCCCUAGGGGACCCUGAGUCAGAGGAUCCCAAAGCCAAAGAGAAGAAGAGCAAGUCUAAACCUGUGGCUGAGUAGGGUCCAUGAUCCACUGCUAUGUGAAGCGAAGCAGUGUAUAGUUGAAUAGCAACAUUACAGUUGAAUAGUAUGUACUGUAUUGGGGUUGGAUUAAUUGCAGGUUUAAAAUGUUUUGAAUAAAAGUAGGGGGAGACUUUACAGUGCAUACAGAAAGUAUUCAGACCCCUUGACUUUUUCCACAUUUUGUUAGGUUACAGCCUUAUUCUAAAAUGUAUUAAAUACUUUUUUCCCUCAUCAAUCUACACACAUACCCUAUAAUGACAAAGCAAAAACAGUUUUUAUUUUAUUUUAGCAAAUCUAUUACAAAUAGGCUGUCAUUGAAAAUAAGAAUUUGUUCUAAACUGACUUUCCAGGUAAAAUAAAACAAGCUUGGCACACCUGUAUUUGGGGAGUUUCUCCCAUUCUUCUCUGCAGAUCCUCUUAAGCUGUCAGGUUGGAUGGGGAGUGUCGCUGCAUAGCUAUUUUCAGGUCUCUCCAGAGAUAUUUGAUCGAUCGGGUUCAGGCUGGGCCACUCAAGGACAUUCAGAGACUUAUCCCGAAGCCAUUCCUGUGUUGUUUUGGCUAUGUGCUUAGGGUCGUUGUCCUGUUGGAAGGUGAACCUUUGCUUUGCCCCAGUCUGAGGUCCUGAACGCUCUGAAGUAGGUUUUCACCAAGGAUCUGUCUGCACUUUGCUCCAUUCAUCUUUCCCUCGAUCCUGACUAAUCUCCCAGUCCCUGCCGCUGAAAAACAUCCCAACAGCAUGAUGCGGCCACCACCAUGCUUCACCGUAGGGAUGGUGCCAUGUUUCCUCCAGAUGUGAUGCUUGGCAUUCAGGCAUUUCAUCAGACCAGAGAAUCUUGUUUCUCAUGGUCUGAGAGUCUUUUGGUAAACUCCAAGCGGGCUGUCAUGUGCCGUUUACUGAGGAGUGACUUCCAUCUGGCCACUUUACCAUAAAGGCCUGAUUGGUGGAGUGAUGCAGAUGGCUGUCCUUCUGGAAGGUUCUCCCAUCCCCACAGAGGAACUCUGGAGCUCUGUCAGAGUGACCAUCUGGUUCUUGGUCACCUCCCUGACCAAGACCCAUCUCGCACGAUUGCUCAGUUUUGCCUGGCAGACUGAUUUAGGAAGUCUUUGGUUCAAAACCUCUUCCAUUCAAGAAUGAUGGACACUGUGUUCUUGGGAACAUUCAAUGCUGCAGAAAUGUUUUAUGCCUCGACACAAUCCUGUCUGAGCUCUACGGAUAAUUCCUUCGACAUCAUGGCUUGGUUUCUGCUCUGACAUGCACUGUCGACAGCGGGACCUUAUAUAGACAGGUGUGUGCCUUUCCAAAUCAUCUCCAGUCAAUUGAAUUGACCACAGGUGGACUCCAAGUUGUAGAAACAUCUCAAAAAUGAUCAAUGGAAACAGGAUGCACCUGAGCUCAGUUUCGAGUCUCAAGCAAAGGGUCUGAAUACUUAUGUACAUAAGGUAUUUUUAAUACAUUUGAAAACCUUUCUAAAAAUGUGUUUUCGCUUUGUCAUUAUGGGGUAUUAUGUGUAAAUUGUUAAGGAAAGAACCAUAUUCAUUAAGGCUGUAAUGUAACAAAAUGUGGAAGCAGUCCAGGGGUCUGAAUACUUUCCGAAUGCCCUGUAUGUAAGUGAUAUUCUGCUUAUAUCAUGGUUUGGCACAGAAAACAUUAAUACACAAAGUACAAUUUAAAUGUUGUUUACAUCUGCUGAAGUAGCAAGCUAACUCCAGUCUUUUUAUGUAGCCUACUGAUAUGGAGAGGUAUUUUCUGGCGGAAUUACACAGUGUAACUCUGGAGGAUGUUGCAACUGAAUGGUUAAUCAAAUGUAUGCCCACCUAUCAAGCACCCUUCAGCCAAUCAGAAUCGAAUGUUCAACAAAACUGUGGUAUAAAAAUGUAUAAACUGUUAGUGUUACUGA